UGGGAAGGAUGAAGAAGAAAAGAUUGGCAUCAAUUUCAGCACCAGCACCAGUGUCACUGUCACUGUCACUGUCAAGUGAAAGCCCACUGAGUAAAGCAGAGGAAGAGGAAGAGGAAGAGCAGAGCAAGCAUGCUGCAACUGUUGUGGCUGCUGAAGUUGCUUUUGCAGCUGCACAGGUUGCCGCUGAGGUUGUUCGGCUCACUGAAAUUGAAGAAUUUUCAGUUUCAGGCAUUAACAGUCAAGCCAAUGCACCUCAAUCAAUUCAACAAUGUCAGAGUGGGAUUCCAGAUCUUGCUGCCACCAAAAUUCAAACUGCCUUUCGGGGUUAUCUUGCAAGAAAAGCUUUACGAGCAUUGAAGGGAUUAGUGAGGCUUCAAGCGAUUAUUAGAGGACGUGCAGUGAGGCGCCAAGCUAUCGCCACUCUUAAGUGCUUGCAGUCCAUGGUAAGUUUCCAGUCACAGGUCUCUGCAAAGAAACUUCAAAUGGUGGAAGGGACUUGGAAUACUUUUCAUGAGAACAAAGAGUUGCAGGGUUUUAAUUUCAAUGACAACCUAAUCAAGAUUGAUUCAAACAGUCAGAGAAGGUGGGACGAUAGCAUACUGUCAAAAGAUGAAGCAAAUGGCAUGUUCUUAAGCAAGAGAGAGGCUGCCAUCAAGAGAGAAAGGAUAAAAGAAUACUCGUUGAGUCAGCGAAGGUCCACAGAAUCAGAACACAACAAGGUCAAUGGAAGAUGGAGAUACUGGUUAGAACAAUGGGUGGACACUCAAUUGUCUAAAAAUUCAGACACAGUUUUCCCUUCAAAUGCAAGAAUCAGGGAGCAACACGGAGGACAAUUCAAACCGAGAAAUUCCCAGAAACAAUAUUACAAAGAGGAGUUGGAUCCUCCAAUAUCUGCUCCAAAAAGAUCAUUUGUUCAUAAGAAACAACUCUCUGUCGGAGAUGACAACGAUUUUGCAAGCUCUCCUGUUGUUCCAACUUACAUGGCUGCCACUGAAUCUGCCAAGGCGAAAGCACGGUCAAUGAGCUCACCAAGGCUAAGGGGUGUAAAUUUAGAUGCUUGUUCUGACACCAAUUCUCCUUGUAAGCAUAAGCUCCCUCCUAUAUCUUCUGUCAAUCUCGGUGGCUUUCAACAGAGAUCUCCAUGCUUGAAACGUCUUCCGGGUCCGUUAAAAUCAAACAGAAGCUUGAAGGAUCUCAGCUUUGAUUCAGAAUGCUCAUUACCAAAUUGGGAUCAAAAUGGGGCCUCCUUUAGAUGAGCUUCACUGGCAAGUGUAAUUUAAACUUGUUAAAUUACAAAAAAAACAAAAAUUGAGACAUUAAUACUAUUGCUUCAACAAAAAUCUACUCUUAUAUAAUUGUUCAUGGUAAGUUUCUAUUUUUGAAAUCGCUAUAAGAUAACCUUGUUACUUAAAGCUAUCAAACAUGUUAGGUUUUUAUUCUUGGCAAUUCUAUUUGAAAAAACUUCUUUCAAUUGUAA